AUUUGUUCAAUAGGUCCUGCAACCUCGGUCUCUAGUAAAUCGCAUUCAUGAUGUCGUUAACUACUUGCGCGAAUAUUGGCGUUGGGCCUGACUGUCCAGCGGAUGGGUCUCCCCUAGGCUAUGCACCCAAUUUGGCCGCGAGCAUUGCUUUCCUCUCUCUCUUUGCUGUGUCUCUAAUCGCGCAUGUUGUUUGGGGCAUCAGAUAUCGAACAUGGACUUUUAUGGUCUGUAUGGUUCUCGGCUCAAUGACUGAGGUCAUCGGAUAUGUGGGACGCGUAUUCAUGCACAAGAACCCAUAUAACUUGAGCACAUUUUUGGUGCAGGUUGUGUGUUUAACAACUGCGCCAGCAUUCUAUUCUGCGGCCCUAUAUCUCUGUCUCGGGCGAAUUAUCAUGAUAUUUGGAAGAGACUUCUCACGCAUUGCACCAAUCCGCUACUCUCAAUUCUUUAUCUUUUGCGACUGGGUUUCCCUAUCAUUGCAAGGUGCUGGUGGUGGGUUGGCGUCGUCUUCUACAACCGAUUCUACAAUGAACUUAGGCAAUCGCCUCAUGUUGGUUGGCCUCAUUACGCAGGUUGUAACCAUGUUCAUAUUUGGUUGCAUGUGCGCAGAUUUGGCCAUCCGUAUUCGUCGCUAUCCAGAGCGUAAGAAUCCAAAAUACAAGUUGAUGCGCAGCUCAAUGCCAUUCCGAGGCUUCCUGAUCAUGGCCUUAGUAUUCGGAUUAUCAAUAUUUAUAAGAUGCGUCUACAGAGUUGCUGAGCUGGGUCCUGGCUGGGACAAUCCGCUUAUGAGAAACGAAACCCUGUUUAUCAUUCUCGAAUCAUGCAUGGUUACAAUCGCUAGCAUCGCGUUUUGCAUUUUCCACCCUGGCUUCGGCUUCCAGAGAAAUUUCGACAAAAUUGAGUACAGCACAGUACCAAGAGAGACAUCAUGGUCUGAAACAAACAACGAAAUGUUCGCGGCAAAUUGA